AUGCCUGGUCCAAUAGGCACGUCUCCUUCUCGGAGGUGGGCUCUGGUCUGCACCGCUAUGGCCGCUUCCAGCCGCAGGAGAGGUGUCUGUCCAUCUGAAAAGCCGUGGAGCAGAUGUCUCUCUCUCCACAGAAUGUACGUGACUCUCUUUACGUUCACGCUUCUGUGUUUGCACUGGAGCCGCUGCUCCUCCGACGACGACCACGAAAUGGAGGAGUUUUUAAAGCGAGAGUUCUCCCUGUCAAAGCCUUACCAAGGUGUGGGCUCUUUAGGCUCCUCCCACUGGGAGCUGAUGGGAGACGCCAUGAUCACCACAGAGCAGGUGCGCCUCACGUCUGACAUGCAGAGCAGACAGGGGGCAGUGUGGAGCCGCACGCCGUGUGAUCUUAAAGACUGGGAAAUGCAAGUGCACUUUAAAAUCCACGGCCAAGGAAAGAAGAACCUGAACGGAGACGGUCUGGCCGUGUGGUUCACCAAGGACCGGAUGCAGAAAGGUCCAGUGUUUGGGAACAAGGACAACUUCACGGGUCUGGGAGUGUUUGUCGAUACUUAUCCCAACGAGGAGAAACAUCUGGAGGCCCAGAAGAAACGAUACACUCCACGGACUGAGAGGAUUUUCCCGUAUGUUUUGGCGAUGGUUGGUAACGGCAGCGUGAGCUACGACCACGAGAGAGACGGUCGCCCCACGGAGCUCGGCGGCUGCACCGCGAUGGUGCGAAACCUCAAACACGACACGUUCUUGUUCAUACGAUACGUCAGCCGCCGCCUCACGGUGAUGAUAGACAUAGAGGGACAGCAUGAGUGGAGAGACUGCCUGGACGUCCCGGGGGUGCGCCUCCCUCUGGGAUACUACUUCGGAGCCUCAGCUCUGACCGGAGACCUCACAGACAUCCAUGACAUCAUCUCUAUGAAGCUCUAUCAAAUCACAGUCCUGAGUAAAAAGAGUCAGGACGAAGAGGAUGAAGACGAGAUAACGAUACCGAGUGUGGACAACUUUGAGCUGCUCCGAGUGCCAGAGAGCGAGGAGAGGAUGAGCAGUGUGGCCAUCUUCUUCACCGUGCUCUUCUCCAUGGUCGGCUGUGUCUUUCUCAUCGUGGUCGGGCUAUUGGUCUACGGCCACUGGAGCGAGACCAGACGCAAACGCUUCUAUUGA